UGUCUGCCAGUCGCUCAGUCUCACUGCAGGGAGGAGUGAGUGAAUGGGUGGGUGGAUGGAUGGUUGGAUUGCAGCACAUCAUCGUUUCCCGGCACUACGGGGCUGUGCGCCGACUGAGAGUCGUUAUUCAGCCGUGAAGAGGCAGAAGCCGGUGGAUGCAGCAAGACCUUCGGUUGCAGCGUGCAGUUGAUCUGGACUGAUCACCACGAGCAGCGGCCGUGUGUGGUAGGUUUGAACUGGUAAACAAGGAGACAAGCACAUUCUGUAUUUUUUCUUUGCUGGUGUGCUGAUGGGAAUAAUGAGAUAAUUUCCCCGUUUAACCGAAGGCCAUUGUGCAACUACAGCCGUGUACAACACACCACCAACAGUAGCCAUGAGCUCGGAGGAGAAAAACAUGUCACCGGCUCACAAGGUAUCAACUCCCACUCACAGGAGUGCCUCGUCGUCAUCUUCCUCUCAACGAGAGAGCAGACCGGAUGGUGACAAUUGGGAAAUCAUUGAAGGAUUAAAAAUUGGACAGACGAAUGUCCAGAAACCAGACAAACACGAGGGGUUCAUGUUGAAAAGAAGAAAAUGGCCCUUAAAAGGAUGGCAUAAGCGCUUCUUUGUCCUUGAAAAUGGAAUGUUAAAAUACUCCAAGACACCAAUUGAUAUUCAGAAAGGCAAACUUCAUGGAAGUAUUGAUGUUGGGUUGUCCGUCAUGUCGAUCAAAAAGAAGACACAAAGGAUUGACCUUGACACAGAAGAACAUAUAUAUCAUCUAAAGGUAAAAUCUCAGGAAGUGUUUGACGCUUGGGUUACAAAACUGCGGCAUCAUCGACUGUACCGUCAGAAUGAAAUAGUGAGAUCGCCCAGAGACGCCAAUUUUCAAGUGUUCCCUCCAUUACCAAAACCUGACCUAUCGCCAGCUCUAAACGCUGCUGUACUAGACGUAAAGACCCAGCAGAACAGUUUUGCACGUCAGCCCUCCAUUCCGUGCAGUACAAGUCUACCUACUUCCUACAGCAACAGUCAAACCAAAGUCGCAGUUUGGUUGCUGGAAUCUGAAGAGAUGAAUAAGUGUGCAAAAGAUCUUGCACAUUGCCAGUCAAGUCUGGUCGAACUCGGUACACUAUUACAAAAUCUAGAAAUUCUACAAAGGACCCAGUCCGCUCCAAAUUUCACUGAUAUGCAGGCAAAUUGCAUAGAUAUUGCAAAGAAAGACAAGCGUGUCACCAGAAGAUGGAGAACAAAAAGUGUCAGCAAAGAUGGAAAAUUGCAGCUUCAGGUUCCCUCCAGUGCUACCGUGUCUCCGCUUCGUUUACACUCUUCCAAUCCUAAUCUAUCUGCUGACAUUGGAGAAUAUCCCAUACCACCAAGUCCACUGGCAGAGUUCCCCGACUCCUCCGCGGAUUUCACUAAACUUCAAGAAGAGUUUUGUCUUAUUGCGCAGAAAGUGCAAUGUCUUUUAAAGUCUGCCUUCAACACGGUAGCAAUAGAAAAGGAAAAGCUGAAGCAAAUGCUCUUGGAGCAAGAGCAUUCUGGCCACAAUUCCCAAUUCUUCACUCUUAGGAGAACACUCUCCCAGCCAAGCGACAAGAUUCAUGUCAGUAUCCCAUUGUCACAGCAGGACUCCAAUGGGAGCAGGCUCUCCAUGUCUGAAUCUGUGUCGGAGUUUUUUGAUGCUCAAGAAGUACUUCUAUCAGCGAGCUCUUCAGAGAAUGAGGGAUCCGAUGACGAAUCUUACGUUAGUGAUGUCAGUGACACUAUUUCUGAAGAUAAUGCCAGUGUCGCAGAGAAUGCUUAUCGGCGAUUUUCCGAUGGUGAACUCUUGGGUGGCGCAUUUCGAAAUGGCAGACGCACAUGUCUUCCAGCCCCGUCGCCUGACACAAGCAGUAUCAAUCUGUGGAACAUCCUGAGGAAUAACAUCGGGAAAGACCUGUCCAAGGUCUCCAUGCCUGUUGAGCUGAACGAGCCCCUCAAUACUCUACAGCAUCUGUGCGAGGAAUUAGAAUACUCUGAAUUGUUAGAAAAGGCCGCUGAAACUGAUGAUCCGUAUGACCGAAUGGUGAUGAUUGCAGCAUUUGCAGUUUCAGGAUAUGCAACAACAUAUUACAGAGCCACAUUUAAGCCCUUUAACCCAGUCCUUGGAGAGACAUAUGAAUGUAUUCGAGAAGAUAAAGGAUUCAGGUUCUUUGCAGAGCAGGUCAGCCACCAUCCACCCAUUUCUGCCUGUCAUUGUGAAUCAAAGAAAUUUGUGUUUUGGCAAGAUGUCAGAUGGAAGAAUAAAUUUUGGGGCAAAUCCAUGGAAAUACUUCCAGUGGGAAGAGUGAAUGUCAUGCUACCUAAAUAUGGAGAUCAGUUUGAAUGGAAUAAAGUUACCACCUGCAUACAUAACAUUCUUAGCGGUCAACGAUGGAUAGAGCACUAUGGAGAAAUUACCAUUAGGAACACAAAAAACAACUCAUGCAUUUGUAAACUAAGCUUCAUUAAGGGAAAUUACUGGAGUUCAAAUGUAAAUGAGGUCCAAGGAUUUGUGAUGGAUCAGGAGGGGAAAGUGGUGCGGCGGAUGUUUGGCAAGUGGCAUGAAGGCCUGUACUGUGGCGUUCCACCUUCUGCCAAAUGCAUAUGGAGACCUGGCUCCAUGCCAACAAACAGUGACAUAUAUUAUGGUUUUACAAGAUUUGCCAUCGAGCUGAAUGAAUUGGAUCCAGUAAUGAAGGAGUUCCUCCCACCUACUGACGUGAGAUUUAGACUAGAUCAGAGAUACUUAGAAGAAGGAAAUAUCCAAGCCGCUGCUUCUGAGAAGCGCAGAAUAGAAGAACUGCAAAGAGUGCGGAGAAGAUUAAUAGAGGAAAACAAUACCAUUUAUCAGCCUCGCUUUUUUAAGAAAGUUUCUGAAAGUAAUCAAAGAGAAUCCUGGAUGAGCAUUGGAAACUACUGGGAACUGCGAAAGGAGCCAGGGUUUAGUAAAUUAGAAAGCUUAACACUCUGGUAAUUUGAAGAAGUAAAAAUAACAUUCUUCACAAGAAAACAAUAACUAUGCAUAAGUUAUUAUUGCUAUUUUAAUUCCUACUGCGUUCCUGUGGUUUAGCUGGUCAUACGCGGAGGUGCGCCUAUUUAAUAACGGGCAUAAUUAUAAAUAGGUCAUGACCCAAACACUGCUGGUUUAAAAUAUUGUUUUCCACUAAAGCUGUGAAUUUUUGGUAAAUCAAAAGUUUAAUUUAAAGUGAAUGCACAAGAAUAGGGAUGGCUGUUUGACAGUCAUAUAUUUAUUAAAAUAAUAUAAUCUUAAUGAAACAUUAAUAAUUAUCAUGGCUUUUUGCAAGUGGUUUCAUCGUUCAUUUUCAUGCCUUAAGAACAGUGAACAUAUUUUUUGUUCUGAAGAUCUACUGAAACUCAACUCAUUUUCAAAUUGAAUAAUUUAUCAUAUCAAAGGUUUAUGCCUGGAGUACAAAAACAUACACUAGUGUGUUUAAACAUAAUGAUUAAGUAUGUCACAUUCGGCCUUUGCAGCUUUUCAGGCAACCUUUAUUUUCAAUUGGUUUUCCAUUUGUGUCAACUUUUUAAAGUUACCGUACAAUAUUUUUUUCAAUAAUAUUUAAUCACUGAUUAAUGUGUUCAUAAAGUCCGGCUAUCUAUUAACAUCAGUCUUGAAAGUGCAAAUAAGAAGCUUUGUUCACAAGUAAUGCAUACAAGUACAUGAAGUAUAUGGAGUUUCCUGUCAGCAGACAUUUGUUAGCUUAUUUAGUCUGCUGGGUGUAAGCAAUGGUACUGUGCAAUAAAAACCUGCUAUUGAAUGCCGUGUUAAUGGAGAUAUUAAUUUAAAUGGAAGUUAUGCAUAGAAACAAAUCCACAGUAGCAGUAAGUGGAGUAGGACAAGAUGUUCCUGAGUAAGGCUUUCCACACAGGCUCAGUGCCUGUAUUUUCCAUCCUCCUGAAUGCACCAUUUGCAGUUCAGCAAAGCCUCGAGUGGUGUAAUGGGGUGACGAAAGCAGGCCAGAAUACUGCUCACUCAGAAAUCUCCUCUGAAUGUGCCCUUGAAGGCCAGUAAACACCUCCCCCCCCCCCCCCCUUUAAAAAAAAAGUAAAAUCAACUAAAGCACUCUAAAAAUAUAAUUUACCUUUUUUGUCCCCCCCCCUGCAGUCCUUCAAUCCCACUCAAAUGAAUGGGGUUACAGAUCCUGCACUGGGGCGUGUCGAGCACAAGAUACAAGAACAGAUUCCCAACAAACUUCAACAAAUGGGGAAAUCCCAAACAAUAAGUCGAGGCGUUCCAAAUCUUGCAGUUCUUUGCAGCAGUUCCACACAGAUACCGAGAAAAAUCGGAGUCAGUGUUUCCGAGCACCCAGAUAUUCUCAGCUAUUUCAGAAUUCAUAUAAUGGUAAUCAAGCUGAAGGUGUUCUUAAUGCCUCAUACUUGCCAAAUUUAUUUAAAAUAAUUUCCAGAUAGCUGUUCAUUUGAUGUAGCCGUUAGCAUUUAACUAGUCAAUUAUUAUAGUUAUAUAAUAUAUAGUUAUUCUCUAUAUACAUACAGCCUGAUUUUAAGUAAAAUGAAUGAAUAUGGCCAUUUAAGUGCUGAAAAUUUGCACACAGCUGUUAUUUUUUAAGUAUUUCUGACCCUGCGCAGCCAGCUAGCAGAUUAAUAAUUUAACAUAAUCUUUACACAAUAAUACAAUUAAUGCUCAGAAUGAUCCUCUUCCUGAAGAAAAUGUAUCAAAAGAUCAUAAGGCAAUUUAUAAACGUUGUCUAUUUUGAUUAUUAAUCCAUGGAAUUGUUAAUUUUUUUUAAAUCAGCUGCUGUGACAAGUAAAUGGAUUGAUGUAGUUUACUUUGAUUUAAAAACAAUUGUUUCUUACAUUGCUUCUACUUAGCAACAGUUGACAACUGAAAAUGUUGUUUCCAGAGUAGUGUAGGCAUCAGCCAAAUGCUGGUCCCAUAAUUUUUGGUUCUUUAUCUUCUAAGGAACAUUGAAUAUGAUCUUUUAUUUUCAAGUUUGUCUUUUCAUUUGCUCAAGAUUUUCUCCGGUUGCUUCACCAAGAAUAAGCAUUUUAUUUUAGAAUUCUGGCAUGAUGAAAAUAAAAAAUAUAUACUUUUUGUGUGAAAAUAAUAUAACUCACACUCUACUGAAUUGAACAGAUGCAUUUAGAGAUUGCUAAUCACAGAGAUGAACCAUAAAACCAUAUAUAAAGUGCAUAUAAACUUUUAAAAGAGUUGACUUUUCUAAAAUUAUUUCCAUUUAGAAAAUCUUAAAUCUUAAAACAUUGCACUAUAACUUUAUCUAUGUUUACACCAUGUAUGGAUUUCAAUUCUUCAAAAGUAUUUUCAAAUAAAUGCAUCCAGUAGUUAGAAAAUGUAAAUACUAUUAGGUUUUACCAUACUUCCGCUAUGAAAGCUUUUAAAAAAUAUUCUGAAAAUCGUUUAGCCUUGCAUUGUGCUAAUUUUGAACGAUACUCAUAAGAGUAUUACUGUGUUAAUAUUACCCGUCUUUCUUUAUGAAUAAUGUCUUUAUUUUAAUACAUCAAUUAUGUUGUCUUUUUCUUUUGAAAUAAUUUAAUUUGAAAUUUAAAUUCAUCUUCAAACUCUUACUUGUCAUAAAUGGCUUAACUUAAUCAACUAAAUAGUAAUAUUAUUUUUUAAACCACAUUCAUCUUGUGUGGAUUUUUGAUGAUUAACUUUUAUGAACAGUAAUUCUACUUGUGUGCCUUAAGGUUCAUUUGCUGAAAAAUUAAAUCUAUUGAAGUGUAGUCCUUAGGCCAGAAAAGGGGAUAUCAAUGUAGAGUACUGCGUUUUAAUUAAUGCUGGUUCAGAUUUAGAAACUACUUUUCUUUAGUUUUUCAAAAUAAAAUCCCUUCCCCUGGAAUACAUACAUUCCCCUGGAAUUGGUUAACAUUUUACCUGACAGCAACUAUGUAACAGAAUAAAAAAAAAUUGUGAUGCAAUUAGAUAUCAGUGCAAGGAAGCAGAUUACUGAAACACAUUUUGCAUAGUUACAGAUCUGCAAAUUACAUUUGUUUUAUUAUAGUGUUAGAUUUUCAAACAACUUAAAUAUUUGCUCCCUGUGACCCACUUUAAUGUGCUCUUCUGCACCCUAUCCCAAGCUGCAAUUCAUUUUUGUGAAUUAAGGAGCAUUAAAAGGGAAGUACCUUUCAUACUAAAGCAUCGGGCUUUGCAGAACAAAGUGAUCAACUUUGUUAGCUGUACUAUAUAUUUCAACAGGUGUAUACCUUUCUGUAUGUUCAGGCUGUGCCUGACUUAAAUAGAUGACAAUGAAUUUUAAUAUGUUUGUGUAGAGGAUUUCACACAGCUGUGUUCAUUGCAAUGUAAAUUAAGUUGCAUGUGCAAAUCUAAGUUAGCCUGCUAAUGAAUUUUACAAAUGCCUUACCAAAAGGUCUGGAGUCAUAAUUUAUUGUCUGGUAAAACAAAAUAAAUCUGACUAAACCUGAAAAUGACACUUAAACUGAAGUGCAUAUUUAUAAGUCCUGAAGAAGUGCAAUUGUUAACUCAUACAUAUAGAUAUAUUCUGCACACUGCUGCUAUGUGCUUGUUCUAAUAAAACUGUAUGGCACCA